AGUAAAGACAAUGCUAUUUCCCUUUCUACCCUUUUUCCUUUUCUUCCUUAUUCCUUAUUCCACUAUACAACACAUGUAGCUCGAUAAUAAUAAAGGAGAAACAAGUGUGAUACGAUAUUAUAACCGUGUUUCGCUGUGAAUAAACACAAAAACACAACACAAUAAAUACUCACAAUGAAAUGAAAUUUUCCAUUCUUCAAAACCCAAACCCCCAACUCAUGUACGCCACCGACAACAGUUCCCGGAGCUCCGGCUCCGAUUCAGGAUCCUCCACUCACUCCACCGAUUCUUCUCACUGGACAACAGAAACAAUCAACGGCGGAUCUCUUCGCCACGUCGAUCUCAACACCGGAACCAACGGCUGGGCUUCACCACCAGGCGAUGUCUUCAACCUCCGUUCUCAAAGCUACUUCACCAAACGGCAAAAAUCACCCGCUGGUGAUUAUCUCCUCUCACCUGUCGGCAUGGAUUGGCUUAAAUCCUCAACGAAACUCGACAACGUGCUUAAUCGUUCCGAUAAUCGCGUUUCAAACGCGCUUAAGAAAGCGCAAUCUAACGGAAAGUCGUUGAAGAGUUUCAUCUUCGCUGUGAAUCUUCAGAUUCCAGGUAAGGAACAUCACAGCGCAGUUUUUUACUUCGCGACUGAAGAACCGGUUCAAUCCGGUUCAUUACUUGGACGGUUCAUUGAAGGAGACGACGGGUUUAGAAAUCAACGGUUCAAGUUAGUGAACCGGAUUGUGAAAGGACCGUGGAUAGUGAAAAAAACGGUGGGUAAUUACAGCGCGUGUUUAUUAGGUAAAGCGCUGACGUGUCAUUAUCAUAGAGGUUCAAAUUACUUUGAGAUUGACGUUGAUAUCGGAAGUAGUGCAAUAGCGAAUGCUAUCUUGCGCCUUGCAUUGGGAUAUGUGACAAGUGUUACGAUAGAUAUGGGGUUUGUUGUGGAGGCGCAGACGGAGGAGGAGUUGCCGGAGAAAUUGAUCGGAGCAGUUAGGGUUUGUCAGAUGGAAAUGAAUUCUGCUAGUGUGAUUGUUGAUGCUCCAAGGAUAGGGAUUGCUAAGGUCAAUCAUCACCUUAGUGCUGAUACAAGUGAAAAUGAAAAUUAAAAAUUAUUUUAGUUUUUUAUUUUUUAUUUUUAAUUUAAUUUUUGUCUUGAUAGGGAGUAAUAAUAAUAAAAAAUAAAAUGUUUUGUUUCGUUGAUAUUAUUUACUUGUAAUUUUGUGUUAUUCUAAUUUGACAAUUUGAUGAA